AUGGAAGACAAAGAAAGUCUCUCUAACUCAAACGGAGCUAAGGAUGGCACGCACAUUCAUGUGUCUGAUGUUUUACGAGUUGAACCAACUCCAGAGCAAGAAGCUCGAGUGGUGAGGAAAAUAGACUUAUACAUCCUUCCUUUGAUGGGCAUCUGUUACAUGCUACAGCUUAUGGAUAAGUCUACCCUCUCAUACGCUACCCAACUUGGCAUCCUGAAAGAUCUUAAACUUCAAGGUUCACAAUAUAGUUGGACAUCGUCAAUAUUCUACUUUGGAUACCUUUUUUGGAGCUUCCCCAGUUCCUAUCUCGCUGUGCGAGCCCCGCUGGCAAAAUACGUCGCCAGUACAGUAGUGCUGUGGGGAAUUGUGUUGAUGUGUCAUGCAGCGACCAAAGAUUAUGCCGGCCUAAUGACUGUACGAUUCUUCUUGGGAGUAACGGAGGCUGCAGUGGGCCCAGGUUUCUCUUUAAUCGUAGGACUAUUCUACAAGCGCGAAGAACAACCAGCGCGCAUGCUCAUCUGGUUUACGGGAAAUGCUGUGGCCAAUAUUCUCUCUGGUAUUAUUGCUCAUGGAGUCGGAGAAAUCACUACUAGCAAGAUUGCGACUUGGAAGCUUCUUUUCCUAAUUCUAGGCGGAGUAACCACCUUUUGGGGAAUCGUUCUGGUGUUCUUGCUCCCCAGUUCCCCAUCAGAAGCAAAAUUCCUCACUCCAGACGAAAGAGCUUUAUGUCUGCAACGUACAAUUGCAAACAAGACUGGUAUACUGGAGAAAUCCGAGUUCAAAAUCCCCCAGAUGGUGGCAGGCCUCCUAGAUCCUCAGGCUUGGCUCUUAUUCUUGGCCAUGUUUACGGUUUCUGUUGCUAAUGGCGGUCUUUCCGCAUUUGGAAGCAUCCUUGUCGCUGCUUUCGGAUUCAGUCCCCUCACAGCGGUUCUCAUGCAAAUGCCUUCUGGCGGUAUCCAGCUCGGCGCCAUGAUCUUAUCCUCUAUCCUGGCGGCAUAUACGAAAAUUCCGCGUACCAUUAUUAUGGUUUUUAUGACCAUCGUCUCACUUGUUGGUAUAGUAAUGGUAUAUGCUCUACCUUCAGAGCAAAAGUGGUCACGCCUGGGAGGAUCUUGGAUCACAACUACCUAUGUUGCUACUACCCCACUGCAGCUCAGCCUCAUCACAUCGAACGUGGGAGGAUUUACAAAGAGAUCAACUGUGUCGGGCAUGCUUUUUGUCGCAUAUUGCGUGGGGAAUAUUGCCGGACCGCAGUUCUAUUCCACUGAUCAGGCUCCGAGGUACUCUAAAGGGAUCAGAGCAACGCUGGCUGGCUAUGGAUUGGCCACCUUCUUUACUUUCGCCUUGUUCCUCUAUUAUAUCUUCGAGAAUAAGCGACGCGAUAUGAAGUACGGCUUGCCAGCUAAUGUGUCGGAAUCUAUGUCGGAAUCCGAGGAGCAGGAACUGGAAGUUUCGAAUAAGACGGACCGCGAGUUGACAGAUUUCCGAUACAUAUUGUGA